AUGUAUAUAUGCUUUGUCUUUGGCUGUCAAAGAUGGAUUGGGCCAACGCUUCUAGUCCUCAGACAAGACAUUAAGCAAAAUGUUGAGACAAUACAAUAUCUCCAUGCAAGAGACUCUUUGAAGUAUGCGAGCUUGACGGCAAUCGUGAUAGAGGAAGUGGAGGAAGGGACCUCGAAGAAGGCCCACAGUUGUACCAGGGCAAUUAUCUGUCUGGCUAGGUCGGUGGAUUUCUCGAUACGUUUGCUGGAGAGAUUAGUGAAGAACCCAGAGUCAAGCCUGCAAGAGAUGGUGGAAGAAGCAUAUGAGAGCACCCUGAAGCCAUUCCAUGGAUGGAUCUCAUCAGCUGCUUACAGGGUAUGGCCACUUUGA